AAUUACAAAGAAGAAUCUGGGAGAUGUUUUGAUGUAAAGAGAAACAUUGAUCAUCCGCUGAACUCAUGGUCUCUUUUCCUCUUGGAUUUAAUUGUCAUGGAUUUAUUAGAAGAUUGUAUUUGCGUAUGAUUGGAAUUUAAACCUACCUUUGAAAUAAGAAGAGAAAUGAACAGAAAUCAGUUUAAUUCUAAUGUAUUAAGUUAUCUGAAUCUAAUGCGACAUGACUGAGUGAUUCUGGAAAGAUCUGAAGUUUAAUUUGUGUUACAGGAAGUGUACAAUCUCUCCGUCGUUUCAUUUCAUGUUAUUUAAUCCCGAAGAGAAUUCCCAAACAUCAGGAACAUCAGGAAGGUGCUUCCCAAAGGCCCGUUUGUGUCUUUCACUUCAGGAAAACUCUGGAAAGAAUUGAUGUUUGAAGUGUGUCAUUGAAUGAAGAACAUCUUCUCCAUAAAUCCGAAAUGAAGGAAAAAUCCAAGAAUGCUGCAAAGACACGAAGAGAAAAAGAAAAUGGAGAAUUUUAUGAACUGGCGAAACUGUUGCCGCUGCCGUCGGCCAUCACAUCCCAACUGGACAAAGCGUCCAUCAUCCGGCUGACCAGCAGCUAUCUGAAGAUGAGAUCCGUGUUCCCCGACGGUCUCGGGGACGCGUGGGGUCAGACACGUGUCAGUCCUCUGGACAUCAUGGCAAAAGAUCUCGGAUCUCACCUGCUUCAGACGUUGGACGGAUUUGUUUUUGUCGUCGCGUCUGAUGGUAAAAUCAUGUACAUUUCAGAAACGGCUUCUGUUCAUCUGGGUCUGUCACAGGUGGAACUGACUGGUAACAGCAUAUUUGAGUACAUCCACCCGUCAGACCACGAUGAGAUGAGCGCCGUUCUCAGCACACACCAGCCGCUGCACACACACUUCCUGCAAGAGUAUGAGAUCGAGCGGUCGUUUUUCCUCCGGAUGAAGUGUGUUUUGGCGAAGAGGAACGCAGGAUUGACGUGUGCUGGUUAUAAGGUGAUUCACUGCAGCGGUUACCUGAAGAUUCGUCAGUUCAUGAUGGAUGUGUCGCUGUAUGAGUCGUGUUAUCAGGUCGUGGGUUUGGUGGCGGUCGGUCACUCGCUCCCAGCCAGCGGCAUCACCGAGAUCAAACUGCACAACAACAUGUUCAUGUUCCGAGCGAGUCUCGACCUCAAACUCAUCUUCCUGGACAGCAGGGUGUCGGAGUUAACUGGUUACGAGCCGCAGGAUCUGAUUGAGAAGACGCUCUAUCAUCACGUCCACGGCUGUGACGUGUUCCAGCUGCGAUACGCACAUCACAUACUGUUGGUGAAGGGUCAGGUCACGACUAAAUACUACCGUAUGCUGUCAAAACACGGCGGAUGGGUCUGGGUCCAGAGUUACGCUACGAUUGUUCACAACAGCCGCUCGUCUCGUCCGCACUGCAUCGUCAGCGUCAACUACGUCCUCACUGAUGUGGAAUAUAAGGAGAUGCAGUUAUCUCAGGAUCAGAGCCGCUCCAGACUGUCUCUCUCCUAUAAGAGCUGUCUCAGCGCUCCGCAGGAAUCACGCAAACAACACAAAGCCAAAGCAGGCAAAAUCAAACACAAACUCAAAGUGUCUCCGUAUCCACAGGUGAAACACUGUAGAUCACAGGAUCAUGAAUAUGCUGUUUGUGACACGUUUGUAACAGUGAGCGCUUCAUAUUUGCAGAGCAUGCAGAUGGCUGAUAAUCUGGAGUCUCCUCCAUCAUGGAAGUCGAGCCCUCCAGGCGGCCUGUCGUCCUGUCAGGAGCAGAGCGCUGUCUCACUCUCUCACAUCCCUCUGUCGUACACUCUACCGCUGCACUACCCGUACACACAUGCGCAUGUCUCAACUGACUGCAAAAAGCUGCGAGUGACCCUGAAUGACCCCGCACGAAACGUCUUCUCGUCGCUGCAGUCCGGUGGAGAAACUCCCUGGACGACUGCAGCCUGCAGCACAUACUCAGGUCAGAUGAGUGACAGGAGAUUCACAGGCCAGACUUUCAGAUCUUGCUGUGGGUUUAAAGAGGAACCGUACGAGCUGCAGAGCCGCAGCCAGAAUCACACCUGCGCAGACGACGGCAGAGGGCGAGCAGAUGAACGCAACAGCCCAGCGUCGAGUAAAAGCAGCUGUGAGCGGCUCAGAGCACACGACCUGCACCUGCCGGCACAGAUGGUGUUGCAGCAGCGUCGCAGGCCGUGUGUGACGGACACGACGUACGAAGGCUGCUCAGAUCCUGCCGAAGAGAGUAAUGGCAAACAGCGCACACCCCGACAGCCGGAGCCCAGCGACCCAGACAAGGGUGUUCUUGCGGGAACGGGUCACCCAGCGCAGACGCCCUACGUCUCUUUAAACUUCCAUCAUGUUCUGACCAAACACGCCCCAUUUCCGCCAGCAGCCUAUGCUCUGAGCCACCUGACGGAUAGCUUCGGUUACCGGGGGGAAGAGGUGAACCCGUACCUGUACCGGACACAAAGUCCCACCUCCAGCCCCUCCCCCGAGGGACAUCGUGUUCCUCAUUACAUCGGCACAUCCGUCAUCAUCAGCAACGAAAGGUGAUGCGCUCGUGAUCCAGUGCUGAUAUAUCAGGGACACAAACACCAAAUUAUGACUGACAGUCGGUCGCCAGUUCUGUUCUACCGUUUUAUGCAAAUCGAGAGAUUUCCUGUUCACAUAUAAAGCAACGUCUCCUAAAGGAGAGUUCAAUAGAGCAUCAGGUAUGCAAUAUAUAUUCUAUUUUCUCUAACCGUGCAGUGAGUUCAGCGGGACACUAGAGCCAUUAUAGAUGAACACAGAUGACACUGAAACGUGUUUCUCGAGAUGAACUUUAUAUUUGCUGCACAUUAUGAAUCAGUGAUAUGCAAGUGUGUCCUGCAGACUGACAUCAGACCCAACAAUACUGCUGAUAUUCAGAGCAACACAGUGACCCGAAUACUGUUAAUCCAUGCUACUGUGCCAACAUCCACACAACAGUGACGUAAUGAGGUUAUAACGGACUACAUGCACCGAGCCUCUUGACGUGCUUCCGCUUUGAAAUAAAGCGUCUCGCUAGUUUCCGGUUGUGUUCACAAUGUGCCGUGGUUCCCUAGUUCCUAAAAUUCCCUUAAAAAGAGUGUGAAGAAGAUUUUAAAGUGUACAGCAUCUUCAUAAUUCAUUGGAAUAAAAGUUUUCAAAGCUAAUGCUGUAACCGGAAACGUCUGAGUCGCACUUUACAACGUGGAAGCAGUUGUGCACGUACUCAAUUGUAGACCGCAAAAAAAUAUGAAUUGCACUUCAGAAAUUACAGGUGAAGUUUGUCAUAUCAGUUUUCCCCAAGCCGUGUAGAAUUGGUUGGACAGACAGGUACUCCAACCCCAAACUCACACUAUUGGGUGCGUCACAGAGUCACUAGCUCAGUUCAGAAUGGCACCCAUCAAUACUAGUCUUCAUUUAUAUGCCAAUCUGAACUCCGUUACACUCUUCAGGAAGUCAAACUGCCAAUGGAGUCCUGAUAGUGACUGAUAAUACAUUCAACCAAAAACUAUAUAUCUAUCUAUAACUAUAUAUGGGGCAGCUGUGACGAAGGUGGUAGAGCGGGUCGGCUGCUAAUCUCAGGGUUGGUGGUUCGAUUCCCAGCCCACAUGACUCCACAUGCCGAAGUGUCCUUGGGUAAGACACUGAACCCCAAGUUGCUCCCAAUGGCAGACUAACACCUUACAUGCAGCUCUGCCAUGAGUGUGUGUGUGUGUGUGUGAGAGUGUGUGUGU